CUCUCUCUCUCUCUCUCUCUCUGCGCUUGCUAAUGGGAAACUGAGCAGGGUUUGGCUUGACAAUUUCUUGCCAAGUUUCUUCAAGAAAUGCCCGUACAUUUGGUGCUGAUGUCCUUUGAGUUCUUCCUGGUGGUUGAUGCUAUAUAAGAGGCAAGUCUCCUCAGUAACGCAUGUCUCUGCCCAGUCUUUUUCUGGCAUAGAUGGCGUGGCAGCGUUAACCACUUGUGCGGUUCUUGAUGAAGCUCUUAAUACGUGAACAAUUCAAUUGGGUCCUGGAAUCACUAUCGUCUGACACUGUACUUUUCGUAAAUAUUGGUAUUAUUAAUUUCUUUUGAGUUGCCUAGGCAGGGCUUUGAUGGCACGAAAGAGAUACCUUUCUUUUGUGGCCUAAAAUUUUUGUUUGCGGGGGCUUUCAUAUUCCAUCUCAGAAUUGUGAUCAUUCUUUGUGGGAAGGCAAGGACUUUUGCUACUUUGGAAGGCUUCUUGAUCGUCAAGAGCGUUUCGUGAAGUUGGGAUAGAUUAUUGCUGAAUGUUAUAUGGGGAAGAAGAUGUGUUGGUUCAGCUGGAUAAAGAGGCUCUUUGUCCCUGAUUCAAAAGGAAAAGCAGAAAAGAAACCAAGGAAGUAUGAGUGGUUGUUUGGAGGGCUUAAGCUUAACCAAUGUCCUCAACUUGCACCACCAAAUGCGAAAUUGAGUCGAGCAAUAGAGGAACAGAGGAAGCAUGCUCUGACAGUUGCCAUGGCCACGGCGGCUGCUGCCGAGGCAGCAGUUGCAGCCGCCCAUGCUGCGGCAGAGGUGGUCCGGUUGACCGGCGCCUCUCGAUCGCAGCAUUGCAUUUACAAAGGAGAUCCACACCUGGCUGCUAUCAAAAUUCAAAGCACUUUCCGGGCAUAUCUUGCGAGGAAGGCAUUCCGUGCACUGAAAGGACUGGUGAGGCUACAAGCUAUUGCCCGUGGCAGAGCUGUCAGACGGCAAAGAGUCGCCACAUUGACGUGUUUGCCUCCCUCCAGUGGGAGUAUGCAACCAUCUGCCCUGCAAAGGAGCGCAUCUAGAAAUGGAGGCUGUGAAUUUUGCGAAAAGAAAGAUCUCUGCAAGUCCAGAAGAGAUCAGGCGGAAAUGGAAAUGAAGCUCGAUUGCCCCAGCCAGAGGAGUUGGAACUGCAGCGCAUACUCAAAGGCAGACCUUGAAGCCAAUCUGCUAAGGAAGCAAGACGCGAUGAGUAAAAGAGAGCGAAUGAAGAAAUUUUCGUACUCCCACCGGGAAGGACGAAUUUCUCAAGUUCCAGAAGAAUUUCAAUGGACCAAGGACUAUGGGAGGUGGAGCUGCCGCCUAGAGCCGUGGCCUGACUCGGAUGCUUACACAGAUGAGAGAUCACUGACUUCAAUGCCCAUUACGCAUUCAGAUGCAAACAGUGGCAAAAGACACGAAAUUAGACGAGACAAGAUGGGAAUCGCUCGAGACAAGGAUUUAAGCGAAGUGCUGAACAUUCCUUCUCUACCAAGGAGAUCGUUUGGUCACGCGAAACAGAUGUCAAUCACGGACGAUGGCACCGUUCCUAGUUCGCCAGUUUUUCCUACUUACAUGGCAAUCACCGAAUCCGCAAAGGCAAAAGCCAGGUCCUUGAGCACGCCGAAGCAGCGAGUUGGAUACUUCGAUACUACGCUUGAUCAGAGUUUGCUCUGCAAUAACGGACUCUCUCUUUCGUACUCUUUCAAUAAUGGGGACUAUGGGAGCACAAGUAGGAGCAUCGCAACUUCUCGAAGAGUAUCAGAAGGCACAAGUCGUCGAUACUGACCUGUCAGAAGCCUAAACCCAACCUGUCACCGAGGCCAUACAAGAUCGAAACUAAUUUACUCGGUGUCUUCUCUUGCCACGGAUGCGGGGAAUAUUUUUUGAGUACAUAAUCCAUCAGUAGGUAAUAGCCAAUGUUUUUUGUUUAUGUUUGUGCUGGUUUUUCUAAGGGUGCUUGUGGUUGUCAUUGCAGCUGUUUGAGCUUUGCCUUUUUUCUUCUUUUUUUUUCCUUUUUGGCUUUUUUGGAAGAGCAUUCCCUGCAACAAGGAGUGGGUUUGUGUUGGAUAGUUCCCUUUUAUGAUACCCGAUAUGUAAUUUUAGUUUCUUCC